AUGGAAGAUAAGGAAAUAAAUAAUGAGAAUAACAUCAAAAGAGAAGUUAAUAAUGAUGAUACCAUACAAAAAGAAGACGAUGUAACAAAAAAAAAAACAGAAAAUUCAGAAGAAAACGAUCUUUCACUUGCAAAAAAUGUUUCCUUAGGAAAGCAUUUAUUGAUUGGAAAUGCCGUGAAAAAAGGAAUAAGUGUUAGUGUGAGGGGAAGAGCAUCAAAUGGUGGAUUAAAUUCAAAACAAGCGGGUUCAGCAUGGAAAAGUAAAGAUGAUAAAACGGGGGAUGAUCAAGGAGAAGAGAAAGAGAAAAAAAUUGAUGAUGAGUCAUUUCCUGAUUUAUUAGAAUCUACUGAAAAAAUAAAAGCAGAAUUAGUAAAAGAUAAAGAUAAAAAGAAAAAACAAAUUAAAGAUUUAAAAAAAGGAGAAGAAAAUAUGAUGAAUAAUACAUUUGAAAGUUUAGAUAAAAAUAAAUUAAGUGAUGGUAUAUUUGAUAAGCAAAAAAAAAUGGGAAUGAAUAUGUUUGAUGGGUUAAAAAAAAAUGAUAAUAAUCCAAAAAGAUGGAAUGAUUAUCAAACAAAUGAUGUGGAUAAAAAUAGUAAUAAUAAUGUGAAUGAUAAUGAAACAGUUACUGGAUAUAUACUUCCAGGUUUUAAGGGAAAACAUAUGGUUGGUUUUAAAUGCUUUUUAAAGAGAGGCAUGCAAAAUCCAACCCCUCCACCCCCAUCUGUAGUAUAUGAAGAAGUAUCUUACUUUAACAAUUUAGAAAAAAAUGGUAUGCAAAAGAAAUUUAUAAAAAUAAAUAAUCAAGUAGGACAACAAAUGAAUCAACCAAUGAACAACAUGCAAAUGAAUUCACCAAUGAAUAAUAAUAAUAUAAAUAAUAUGAUGAAUAUGCAAAUGGGACCUCCUAUGAAUAUGCAGAUGAAUUCACCCCAACAACGAAAUAAUCCAGGGGGAGGAAUAAAUAAUAAUGAAACAGAUAAUUUUAAUCGAAGCAAUAAUAAUAGUGGGAAAUUUUCAAAUGAUCCUCAACAUAAUAAUCAAAACAGAUUUAACAAUAAUAUGUUUAAAAAUAAUAAUAAUUUUAAUAGAAAUUCAAAUUUUGGACAAAAUAAUAAAGGGGAUGAUAAUAAUAUGGGUAAUGGAAAAAUAAUGAAUUCUGGAAGUAUGCAAGGAAAUAAUUUAAAUUAUAUGAAAAGAAAUGAUAAAAAAGAAGAUAGAGGUUUUAAAAAAAAAGAUAUUGAUGCUGAAGGAAAUUGGAGGAAUACUAGUAUUAGUAAUAGAAAUGAUACAAAUAAUGUAAAUUCACCAAAUACAAAUAAUAAUGGAAAUAAUAGAAUGAUGAGGAAUUUCGGAAAUGGUAAUACACCUGGAAAUAAUAAAAAUAUGUUUAACAAAAAUAACAUGGGAAAUCAAAUGGGUAAUAAUGUUGGAGGAGGUCAUGAUUCAUUUAAUUAUGGCUCUCACAAUUUUUCUAACAAUAAUAAUAUAAAUAAUGAAAAUAUAAAUGAUAACCCAAAUAAUAAUAAGUUUGAUUAUAAUAAAAAUGCAUUCAACAAUUUAAAUGCAAAUAACAAAAAUAUGAAUUCAUUGGAUUCAAGAAAGGCUAGAAUGAGAGAUGUAAGAAAUAUGAAUGGCAAAAAUAAAGUUAAUGAUGGUUAA